AUGUCCACAACCACCGCCGCGGCGUGCGCAUCCACGCCCUCACUCCCCAUCCCGGACACAUACCACAGCGGCUACAGCUGCAUGCAGCCAGCGGCCGCGAAUCUGCGUUUCGCGACGUGCUGCUGGAACAACCCCGUCAACUACCUGAACGCCGACAAGUGCUUCGAGUGGUGUCACGUGACCGAAGACUGGUACACAUCCAUCUCCCUGCUGCCCGUUGCCCCUUUCGACGUCGGCAACGCCUCAGACACCGGCGCAAGCAACGGAACGGAGCGCCUGCGCCUCUCCAUGAAGGCAUGUCUGCACGCCGACGACUUCCCCGCCGUGGCGGACGACGAACUGAUAUGCCAGGCAAACUCCGACGCCACGGCGUCCCUCCAACCCAACGCAACCGCGGCGGACAGCUGCGCGCUCGCACACCCGGCCCUCGCGGUCGGUGGGAUCAUCCCCGCAUCGCCGCCUUCAUGCGGCAAGGUGUACGACGCCGCGACCGACAGCAACGAGACCUUUGCCAGGUGCUGCGACUGGGCGCCACGGAAGUUCGCAAACCACCACUGCGACGACUACUGCUACCUACCGCACGGCAACGCGUACAUGGGGAAAGGCAACUUGACGGAUCUCGACGCCGUGGAUAGCUUCAAGCGCUGCAUGUUGGACUUGGGCGGCGGCGAGAAGGCCCUUGAUGGGAUCAGCUGCCAGUGGAACGAGAGCAUGCGCGACCUGAAGGCCCACAAUAUUACGACCACUGCGUACCUGAAGGGUGCGGCGGGACGGAGCAUGGGCGUGUCGUGGGGUCUGGCCGUGCUGGUGGGUUCACUGGCGCUGCUUGGCGUGGUUGCGACUUGA